AAAUUCAUGAUAAUAUGAUUUGUUACUUAAAAUUCAUUUGCAUUAACCUGAUUGUUUGAAUAUGUUGAGCAUGUAUAAUUGUACCACAAAGUACACUUUGUGCAGCUUUUGAAGUGGCCUCCAGAACUGAGAAUUUAUCAUUGACCAAAUUUUUUAUGUGGACUUUCCUUAAAUGUUCUCUCACCACCAGUUAUUUAGUUGGCAAUCCUGAUUUCCUGUUUUAUAUGGCAGCGUAUCACUAUUGCUGAAAUUCUUGAAGAUGAAUGGUUCAAGAAGGAUUACAAGUCACUUGUGUUUGAGGAGAAAGAAGAUACAAACUUGGAUGAUGUAGAAGCUGUUUUUAAGGAUUCAGAAGAGCACCAUGUGACAGAAAAGAAGGAAGAACAACCAGCAGCUAUGAAUGCAUUUGAGUUAAUUUCAAUGUCAAAGGGGCUUAACCUGGGGAAUUUGUUUGAUGUAGAACAGGAAUUUAAGAGAGAAACAAGGUUCACAUCCAAAUGCCCUGCCAAUGAGAUAAUUCAUAAAAUUGAAGAAGCUGCAAAGCCUCUUGGUUUUGACGUACAUAAAAAAAACUACAAGCUGAGGCUUGAAAACAUGAAAGCUGGAAGAAAGGGAAACCUUAAUGUUGCCACAGAGAUAUUUCAAGUGGCACCUUCUCUUCACAUGGUUGAGGUGCGAAAAGCCAAAGGGGACACCUUGGAGUUCCACAAGUUUUAUAAGAACCUCUCUACAUGCCUGGAGGAUGUUGUCUGGAAGACUGAGGAGGAUAUGCAAGAAAAGUAAAAUCAGCGUUAUAUUUCAACAAAUUUUGCUAUGAUGGUACAUCGCCAGUAAUGCUGUUGCUUUAUGUCAGCAUUCUUUCUUUUGUUUUUCUUUUUUCUUGAGAGGCUUUUUCUACCCCCUAUUCGAUAGAUUUAGACAGACAUCCAUUGACCUUAUGGUUUCUGUGCUAUUAAUGUCGGAACGCAUAGAAAAUAUACUUAGUGCUGCAAAUAUGAGAGAUGGAUGUUGAUAGUUUC